CGCGGUAGAAAACGUGUCCUCCGUUUAAAAGUGGGUCUCCAUCCCACCAGUGAGACCUGCUGACCCAGGUCCCGGACUCCAGACUCCCGGAACUCUUCAGACCGACUCCUCAGCUGCUUCAAGUAACCCGCCAUUCGGCCAGAAACCCGGACUGGAUCCCGGACUGGAUCCCGGAUUGGAUCGUUCCCUUCACUCUGAGACCAAAUGGCUUCCAGAUCAGAGGAGGAGCUCUGCUGUCCGGUCUGUCACGAUGUCUUUAGGGAUCCUGUUGUUCUGUCAUGUAGCCACAGCUUCUGUAAAGUCUGUCUGAAGAGCUGGUGGAGACAGAAACAAGCUCAAGAGUGUCCAGUCUGUAAGGCAACAUCUUCAAGGUCCAAACCACCUCGUAACCUGGUGUUGAAGAACCUGUGUGAGGCCUUCUUACUGGAGAGAGAUCAGAGAGCUUCAGAGGCUCUCUGCAGUCUGCACUCUGAGAAACUCAAACUCUUCUGUCUGGACCAUCAGCAGCCGGUGUGUCUCGUCUGUCUGCAUUCAGAAACACACUCCAACCACAGAAUCAGACCCGUCGAUGAAGUUGCACGACAACACAGGAAGGAGCUUCAGGAAACUCUGGAGCCCUUAAAGGAGAAGUUAAAGGGUUUUGAACAAGUCAAAGUGAAGUGUGAUCAGACAGCAGGACACAUAAAGGUCCAGGCCCGACGCACAGAGACGCAGAUUAAGGAUCAGUUUAAGAAGCUUCAUAAGUUUCUGGAAGAGGAAGAGGAGGCCCGGUUGGCUGCACUGAGGGAGGAAGAGGAGCAGAAGAGUCAGAGGAUGAAGGAGAAGAUGGAGGCUCUGAGCAGAGAGAUAGCAGCUCUUUCAGACUCAGUCAGAGCCACAGAGGAGCAGCUGAGAGCUGAAGACGUCUCAUUCCUGAUCAACUACAAGGCUGCAGUGGGAAGAGUCCAGCAGCGCCCCCUGCUGGAGGAUCCACAGCUGCUCUCAGGAGCUCUGAUAGACGAGGCCCAACACCUGGGCAACCUGGGCUUCAACAUCUGGACCAAGAUGAAGGACAUGGUCUCCUACACUCCUGUGAUUCUGGACCCAAACACUGCUCAUCCAACCCUCAUCCUGUCUGGAGAUCUGACCAGUGUGAGAGGAGGAGAGAGACAGCAGCUUCCUGAUAACCCAGAGAGGUUUGAUGAAUACCCCUCUGUCCUGGGCUCUGAGGGCUUUAACUCAGGGACUCACAGCUGGGAUGUCGAGGUUGGAGACAGUACACUCUGGGGACUGGGUGUGUUAGCAGAGUCUGACCAGAGGAAGGGAGACGAACUGUCUGGGUUAUGGGUAAUAAUUGUCUAUCAAGGUGACUACUCAGUAGGGUCACCAACAGAUCCACCCACUGAUCUCAUAUUGCAGAAGAAGUUCCAGAGGAUCAGAGUGACUCUGGACUGGAACAGAGGAGAGCUGUCAUUCUCUGAUGCUGAUACUAAUACACACAUACACACCUUUACACACACUUUCUCUGAGAAGAUGUUUCCAUUCAUUGUCACUGGGGAUGAAGUCCCACUGAAGAUAUCACCAGUGAAGGUGUGUGUGACAGUCAAACUGAACAGUAAGAGAUAAAGAGGGUGAUUAUAU